AUGGAACUGAGGGAUUACCCCCACCGCGAUUCAGCAUCACCGCCCGAGAAUUGGGAGCCGACGAGCCCUUCGAUCGCUAGGAAGCCUAUAGGCGCCAGCAAACAAUCUCCUUCGCCGUAUACCUCUCCCGAUUACUCCACGACCUCCUUCGCCCAGCGCGCGACAGUCAAUGCACCGUUUCUGCACCGACAGAAUACAACCGACACAGCAUACUAUGGCGCUUCAACGCCGCUAGGGAUAGGAAUAUGGGAACCAGCCAUGCCUCAUACGCCGGGUUCCGGACGACCGCAGGCUUAUAGGGAGGAUAGUCAAGCAUCACUGUUGAUGGGCGGCGAUGGUCAAAGAAACAUUCCUCCAAAUAUGCCCCCGGGUGCUCAAGGGCCCCCUCCACAGACCCCUCCGCACACUCCCAAGUUCUGGCAUUGGUGGAUCCAUGAGUGGAAGCCAUCAUGGAGCAUGUACAUUCUUGUCUUGUCGGGAAUAGCUUUCGCUAUAGGCCACCACUUUUACUACCAAGGCCUCCAUGGCGAAGUCGUUAAAGACCAACAGGGCAAGCUUCGAUAUGGUGCCCUUCUGGCGUUCUUAUCGAAAGCAUGUUUUCUUAACGCCGUCGUCCUCGCUUUUCGCCAGCGCGUCCUGAUGAUGAUCCGUCGCAAGAUGCUUACCCUGGCUACACUCGACUCGCUUUUCGCAGCAUCCGAAGAUUUGACAGCUCUUCUUAAUUGGGAAGCCUGGGUGAAUGCAAAGUUCGCCAUGGCCUUGACCAUCUUUAUUUGGACGUCACCUCUGAUCGUCAUCUUCACAUCCUACACUCUUACAGUCAGGCCGCAGCGAAAGGAGGACAUAACAACCUGUGCAAACAUUCGCACCUUAAACUUCACGCACGAGGAAUCUGUUUACUGGAGAGACGCAGUUCGGGUUGCUGGAUUAUUCGAGACGUCUGCGUCCCUUUGGAACUCGACCAUUUUGAGUGGCACGAAUCUCACAAACGACCCCGACGAUUUUGACUAUUUCACCGCCAGCAGCCAACAGUACGAGUCCAUUGCUCUCAAAUCUGCAUACGUCCAACAAGCUAUAAUGCGCCCGAAAGCUCCAGAAGAAAUUUGCGGUGUAGGCUGGAACUGCUCCUACACCAUUGAGUUUACUGGUCCGGGAUACAAGUGUACAACCCUGGCUUCAAAUGUGAAUGAAGAAGUCAAGAAGCUCGGUGAUGCAACGUGCCCUUUCAAUACAACCGUUUUGGCACCAUUAGGAAACCUCACAUACUAUGCAAUGCUCACCCGAGGAGACUAUGAGAAUCCGCAAAUCAAGGAUGCUGAGAUUGGCGGAAGGCCCAAGCAGAAACGGCCGUAUCCCAAAAACCUAGGCGUCUUCCGAACUGAGCCCAUCCUGUGGUUUGGCUAUGCUGAAGUCGAGGACAGAGAUAAACCUCAGCCCCCAGAGCCGUAUGUAGGUGACUGGUACAAGGCUUACACACCUACCAUCAUUGGGUGUGAGCACUACCAAACCCACUACAAGGUUGAAUUGAACUACACUGGCGGCGUUCAGUCUCACAAUGUGACGGAGCGCAAGUUUCUCAAAAAAGUGAUUGACACAACCUUCUUACCUGACAAAAAGGAUCCCGACAGACGGCUCAAGGAUCGAACAAUGGCGGAACCUGAAGAAAAUUACGUGCGUCCUCAGGACACCGCGAAGUACCGGUUAACAGCUGCAUAUCAUGCUAUAGGAUCCCAGCUACGUGCAAUUUUGAACGGCACCACCACGAUGCCGAAUUUCAACGUCAAUAGCAAGGUCCUCCUGACAAGACUUGUCGACCGCCGUAAUUACCUUCCCGUCAAGGACUUUCCCCUCGAGGUCCAGAAGUUCUACGAGGAGAUAUUGAUCUCAUUUCUAUCUAAUCCACAGAUGUCUGCUGUUUCGUGGGCUGCCAAGCCUUCUGAGUACUCUGGCACGGUCAAUAGUCGCACAGGAAAGAAUGGCAAGAGCUUGGAUUAUCCUUGUGUUAGAUGGCAAGAAAGGAAUUGCUUCUUUUACAAUUAUGCGCAACUGUGGGCUGUGUAUGCGCUCUCUAUGGGUAUCACAAUCCUCGCGGUUGCAUCAGGUGUGGCGGCAAUGGAGGAGAACGCUGUCAUGCGAAGCCUGAGCUUCUCUGCUAUCCUCGCCGCAUCGAGGGCGUCCAGCCUUGAUAAGCUGCGAUGGGAGCAAGAAGCUGAACUCAAGAGUCGCAAGAUCGGCUUUGGAAUCGUGGCAGACCCGAGUGGCGAGAGGCAAUACUCUUUCGGCGUUGAGGGCGAUGUUAGUCAAGAAAAGACCGCAAUGGCUACAGGACGCUCACCGGGAAUCUCGGUAAGAGAUUGGGGCGACAGCGCUCGCAGAAUGAGUUAUGCUAUGUUGAACAAAAAGGACAGACAGGAAAAUGACCCUUAA